UGUGGCAAAAGCUUAGUGGCUCGUUCCCCAAUCAAACGUUCCCCCCUCCUCAUUCGAUCUCGGCCUUAUCAGCCCUCACUCAGCGUCGCCACUGCUUCGUCGCCGCCGCCGCUUGUUCGCCAUCGCAUCUCGUCUCUUUCCCCCUUUGGUUUGUCUCUCUCACCUCUUCUCUCAUUUUCCAAACUUGCAAAACUUCGUCUUGACUCGAGUAGGUGGAUGCUCUGUAUGGAGACGCCAUCGAAUGAAAAUUCGGAGCACUCAAUCACUCCUUCCAAUGAUGCUGUUCCCAACGAAGAUAAUAUCGUCCCUGAGGCCACUAAUCACGGAGGCGUGGAACUGGAGUGUGAGUUUGCUGAAGAAGAAGUCAAAGGCAUACUUGAAGUUAUUGCAUCCACUGGGAAAUUUUGGCAUGGUUGGUACAAAUUGAAGAAUAUGCUAUCCUUUCAGCUGAAGCAGGUCUUGUCGGAGUAUGCUGAGGCAAAAAUGACUACUGAGCAGCAAAAUGCUUCUUUAGGAGAAACAUACCUGGAGCUUGUAAAAAGGUUGGAUGAAGCUCUUCUUAGCUUUGUUGAAGGUCCUCCAUUUACCCUGCAGAGGCUCAGUGAGAUUCUAUUGGAAGGACGAAGUAUUUACCCAAAUCUCUCGAAGCUUGCUUUAGCACUAGAAAAGAAUUUGUUGGUGACGUCUAUGUUGACCAUCUCUACUGAUCCGUAUCCGCAAUCAGUGAUGCCAAAGGCAGACGAAGCAGCAGAGAAAGCAAGCGAAGAACCUGAGCCUCACCCGAAUUCAGUACAAAACGGGGUUGAGGCUGUUGUGGUAGGAGACAGGGAUGAAGUAAUGACAGAUGUAGAAGAGGCUGAAAUAGAUGAUGAAAUGACCAUCGACAUGGAAGCCUUUGAAGAAAUUGUUGGAUCGUCAGAACCAAAAUCUGAACCAGCUGCUGAUUCUUAAGUCUUUUAGGUGAUUGCUUUUGGUCAAUUGAAUGCCUCAGUUUUUUCCUGAGCUCAUGGCUCCUCCAUAUGCGGAGGCCGCCAGGGUUUGGAUUUUGAGAUGGGUAGUGGUGGUUGGCCUAGGCCCACUGUAUUCUGGUUCAAUUAGCAUUCAGGAAAGAGUAGAUCCUCGCUACAUGGAAUCACAUAAUUCCUAUUUCUACAUCCCAGAUGGAUGCUGUAUUACUACUAAUAAUUUCUAUAUGAUAUUGAGGGGUCUUUUAUGUAAUCUGAACAAAUUGACAGGGAGCCCCUUCUAUGGCCAGUCUAGCCUGAUUUCUCUAAA